UGCAGCACAGUGUAAUUGCAUAAUGUACACUAAGAUUAUAGCCAUUGCUACUCUAGUAGCUUCUACCCAAGCUGGAUUACUAGGUGUCCCUGCAAUAUCAGGUCAUGGUUUAGCUCUCGGGCCUGCUGCCAUAGCCGCCCCCGCUUACGCCACUCACGCCAUUGCUGCCCCGGCUUACACCACUCACGCCAUUUCUGCCCCCGCCUACGCCGGCCCUGCCAUAGCCGCCCCCGCGUUUUUGAAAGCGCCAAUUGCUACACCAGCUUAUGUGAAAGCAGCGCCCUCUGUAGACUAUGUAGCCUAUCCCAAAUACCAGUUCAACUACGGAGUAUCCGACGGCCACACAGGAGACCAGAAGACUCAAACCGAAAUCCGAGACGGAGAUGUCGUCAAAGGCUCCUACUCGUUGGUGGAAGCAGACGGUACUGUGCGUACAGUUUCCUACACAGCGGACGAUCAUAACGGCUUUAACGCUGUAGUCACGAGGUCCGGCCAUGCCGCACAUCCCGCAACAGCAAUUGCAGUAGCUCCCAAGGUCGUCGCCGCUCCUGCUUAUGCACACGCCACCAUUGCUGCCCCCGCGAUCGCCGCCCCUGCAUAUGGAUUGGAUAUCGUCUGCACUUGCUGGCUAAGGGGAUAUGCGGACAUGCCACAUACCUACAUCAGAUUUUAUCUUAUUGUCGCCCUGUCCGCCAUUGUAGCCUGUACUCAUGCAGGAGUCAUUGGAGGAGGACAUGCUGUUGCUCCCAUAGCCGUUGCAGCUGCUCCAGUAGCAGUUGCUCAGCAUACUGUAGAUUAUUUUGCAUACCCUAGAUACCAGUUCAACUAUGGAGUAGCAGAUGCCCACACGGGUGACCAUAAAUCCCAGUCCGAAGCUCGCGAUGGAGACGUCGUCAGAGGAGCCUACCAAGUAGCAGAACCCGAUGGCACCCUCCGCACUGUCCACUACACCGCUGAUGACCACAACGGCUUCAACGCUGUUGUCACCAGAAGCGGCCACGCUGUUCACCCUCAAGUCGUUUCCGCCCCCGUAGCAGUAGCCGCCGCCCCAUUAGCUCUUGCUGCUCCAGUAGCAUAUGGACACGGCGGACUAUCACAUUAAAGAUCCUUGUUAAUUAGACUGUUGCUCAUCUGUGUAUAUAUACCUCAUAUUCUCGUGUAUUGUAUAGUGCAAU